AUGACCGCAAUACGUUAUCCAGCGGAGCCUGGUGGCGGCGAUAUGCUAAGUGUGACGGCCCUGUUAUUGCUGAACAAGCCGUCUACUUAUACUUCUAUAGGUGCGAUGGCCUCUUUGUCCGCAAGUACUCCACUUAUAAUUCUUAACCUCUUUUUCCGAUCCCUGCGCUCCCCCAACUCCUCCGGUUCCGGCAUAUGGCCCUGGGCUUUUGCAGCCUCGCGCCAGGAUAACUCUACUAUCCUGGCGCUCAGCGCACAAGCGACUAAUACGUCGGUU